UUCGGCUCCCCAGUAAGCAAGCUGAGGCCCUCCGGUGCCCCAGGAGAGCCAGAGCAGGAGCCGGUAGGGUUAUCUGUGUCAGGAUCAUUUCCAGGGGAAUAGUUCUGGCCCCUGACUGGUAACGGCAGGGCAGAGGAGAAGAGAGCAGAAGAGGAGAGAGCGCAACUCCUAGCCCAGCCCCUGCGGGCUCCUUGUGAGCAGCCCAAGUUGGAGGAAGGCUCUAUACUUUCGGGUUCCUCGCCAGGAUAUCCCCUCUCACCUUGGCAGCCAGGCUGAGAAAGGGCUCCAGGGUCCCCGCGGAAUGAAAACUCUCGUUCCUGCAACCCUCUCCUUUCUUCUCCUCUGGACCCUGCCAAGGCAGGUCCUCCUCAGGGUGGCCUUGGCAAAAGAGGAAGUCAAAUCUGGGACCAAGGGGUCCCAGCCCAUGUCCCCCUCUGAUUUCCUGGACAAGCUUAUGGGGCGAACAUCCGGAUAUGAUGCCAGGAUUCGACCCAAUUUUAAAGGCCCACCCGUGAACGUGACCUGCAACAUCUUCAUCAACAGUUUUGGCUCUGUCACUGAGACUACCAUGGACUAUCGAGUGAAUGUCUUCUUGCGGCAGCAGUGGAAUGACCCACGCCUGGCCUACCGAGAGUAUCCUGAUGAUUCACUGGACCUCGAUCCCUCCAUGCUGGACUCUAUCUGGAAGCCAGACCUGUUUUUUGCCAAUGAGAAAGGGGCCAACUUCCAUGAGGUGACCACAGACAACAAGUUACUGCGCAUCUUCAAGAAUGGGAAUGUGCUCUACAGCAUCAGGCUGACCCUCAUUUUGUCCUGCCCAAUGGACCUCAAGAACUUCCCCAUGGACAUCCAGACCUGCACGAUGCAGCUGGAGAGCUUUGGCUACACCAUGAAUGACCUUGUGUUUGAGUGGCUGGAAGAUGCUCCGGCUGUCCAAGUGGCUGAGGGGCUGACUCUGCCCCAGUUUAUCUUGCGGGAUGAGAAGGACCUAGGCUACUGUACCAAGCACUACAACACAGGGAAAUUCACCUGCAUCGAGGUAAAGUUUCACCUGGAACGGCAGAUGGGCUACUAUCUGAUUCAGAUGUACAUCCCCAGCCUACUCAUCGUCAUCUUGUCCUGGGUCUCCUUCUGGAUCAACAUGGAUGCUGCCCCUGCCCGUGUGGGCCUAGGCAUCACCACCGUGCUCACCAUGACAACUCAGAGCUCUGGCUCCCGGGCCUCUUUGCCUAAGGUGUCCUACGUGAAGGCAAUCGACAUCUGGAUGGCUGUGUGCCUGCUCUUUGUAUUCGCUGCCCUGCUGGAGUACGCUGCUGUCAAUUUUGUCUCCCGUCAGCAUAAGGAAUUCAUGCGACUUCGAAGAAGGCAGAGGCGCCAACACAUGGAGGAAGAUAUCAUUCGAGAAAGUCGCUUCUAUUUCCGUGGCUAUGGCCUGGGCCACUGCCUGCAGGCAAGGGAUGGAGGUCCAAUGGAAGGGCCUGGCAUUUAUAGCCCCCAACCUCCAGCCCCUCUUCUGAAGGAGGCAGAAACCAUGCGGAAACUCUAUGUGGACCAAGCCAAGAGGAUUGACACCAUCUCCCGUGCUGUCUUCCCUUUCACUUUCCUCAUCUUCAACAUCUUCUACUGGGUUGUCUAUAAAGUGCUACGGUCAGAAGAUAUCCACCAGGCACUGUGAAUAGAGUGGAGGCCAGAGAGUCCAGCUGUUGGCUUCCUUCCUCCUAGGUGGGCUUUCCCCCUCUGUUAGAUUCUAUCAGGGGGUUGGACAGUUCCUUCCUGAUCUCCCACUCAGAAUUUCAACGGCCAAUCCUGAAGCUAUGGGGGUCUACACUGCAUGGUGCCAAUAGUAGCUGGACUUAGAAAGAUGGCUUAUCUACCCUAAUCCAGAUUUUCUCCGUGCUAUCCCAUUUCUCUUGAGAGUAAGUUUUGGCCGUGUUCCUGGGGCCGGGAUGACCUUCUUCCCUUGCUGGAACCUCUCUGUUUUCCAGUUUUCUAGAGGAGAAGAGUCAUACCGCUGCUACUAGAUUCUGGUGUUUGUCAUAUUAAUCUGCACCACUCUUCACCCUGCCACCUCCACCUAGAGCCUGGCCUGUACUGUGCCCUCUGUCCCUCCUACCAUAGGCUCAAAUAGGGAGUCUUUGCUGCCCACAAGUGCUGCCCUGGGUGACCCAGUCAGGUUUCCUUGUCUAUGGGAGGAAGGCAAGGUGACAGGUUCCGUACCUUUCAGCAAGGUUGGAACAGUCAUGAGCUGCGCUGGGAUAGGGCAUUGCUAUACGACCCAAAAGAGAUCUUCAAGUCUCCUAGGAUGCUCAAUACUGUCAGAACAGGGUCAGGAAUCUUGGACUCUCGGAAAGCCCACCCUUCCAGAUCCACCUGAAUUUCCUGGUCUCAGAAAUAUUUGUUUUAUUCUCUAACCAGCUAGUAUGGCGGUAGGGUGUGUUUGGCUGCUAGGGAGUAUAAAAAGAGAAAAAUGCUUACUUUUUAAGAAACUUACUCAGUGAUGCUAGGAAACUUUCAAGAAAAAUGAGACCCAAGGUAGUAGGACCUAGGAGGAAUAGGAUACAGAAACUAUCCUCAGAGAGAUUUUUGUUGGCUGGACAUUCAUUUGUUUCUUCUUUUUCUCAAAGUCGCUUUAUUUCCCAGAACCCUUCAUUUCCAACUUGUUCAUUCACCUCCUUUUAGUGGGCUAAUAAUAGUGUCAUGCAACCUUUCCCGGGAUAAAGUGGGCUUCAAAGUUCCUGGGGAGGAACUAGGCAUAUAGAGGACUCCUAUCCUUGACAAACAUUGACUUGGCCGACCUUAGGGUAGUAGUUGUAGAAGGUAGAGAGCCAUGAAUUGGAGUCCUUUCUUAACCCUUCUUUUGCUUCCCUUCUCCUUCCACAGUGAGGAUGGGGAGCAGGCAGUGGAAGCUGCCAGAAAUAUCAGGAUAGAGAGGGUGUGGGAGAACCCAUUCAGGCCUGACAUACGACUGGGACGUGGGGAAGCAUGGGUCUGGUACACUGAGUCCUUUGAAGUGACCCAACUGUGAGGAAUUGAAAAAGGGUGGGGCUAACAGCUGGAAGACAGAGGUGAUCAAAUGAUUUCUUAAACAUCUUGUCCUUUUCUCUGGACCUACAAUAAUUAACUAUGUGAGUCCAAUCUCUCUCUCUCU